ACAGUUGUUUCUCUAAGUUCAACACAAGGAGACAAACGAAAUGAACAACGCCGACUUAUAUAAUAAAUCAAAUAUUCAACAGAAGACCGGUGCUCUACAGUAUUUAAGAGAAUAUUACGACGUGAUUCAGUGGAAAAAAAAUUCAUUAGUACUUGAUAUUGGCUGCGGUGAUGGAAGUGUAACAUCGAAUGUAAUUAAAAAAUCUAUCCCGUAUUGUAAGACCGUGAUAGGAUGCGAUGUGAACGAGGACAUGAUUCGCUUUGCAAGUGAACAUUAUUCUUCAGAAAGUGUCCAGUUUACAGUUUUUGAUAUAGCAGGUGAUCUGCCGGAUGCGUUACAGGAACGCUUUCAUCAUGCCUUUUCGUUCUUUGUUAUACAUUGGGUCCAACAGCAGGAAAAUGCUUUUCGAAAUAUCUAUAAUCUUCUGCAGAAAGAUGGUGACUGUUUGGCAACAUUCGUAGGGCAGGCAGUCUUCUACGACGCAUUAAGAGAACUGGCCAAAAGAAAAAAAUGGAAAAUUUGGCUGAAGGAUACGGAAAAAUUUAUAUCACCUUACCACGACAGCUCGAAUCCUGAAAAGCAACUGAGAGAAAUGUUAGAUAAAAUCGGAUUUUCGUUUAUUGAAAUACACUAUAAGCGAUUAUCUUUUGAGUAUGAAAGUGCCGAACUAUUUCAGGAAGCGAUAAAGGCACUAACUCCAUUCAAGAUUCCUGAAGAUAUAUUCGACGAAUAUUUAGAUGAACUUUUUGAAGAAAUGCAAAGAAUAGAUUUUGAAGUCUACAAAUUUAAAAAAUCUACUAGUGAAUGGGUUCAUAACUUUCAUAUGUUUGUUCUAUAUAUUAAAAAAUAAUGUAUGUGUUUAUCAUAAAACAUAUAUUUUGUCUGGCUCUAGGCCACAUGACCUUUCCAAUAUUAUCUAGACAGGCGGUAAUGGGUCAUGCACACAAAGUUUUUUUUUCUAAAGUGUAUGUGGUACGCUGGUACCAUGCAAAUCCUGAUAGAGAUUGUGACUCCGACUUAUAAUCAGUUUUUGUACCAAGGUUGUAAAAGUAGCGCGGAAUUUUAUACAAUAUCUCAAGAUUACUUACUAUACUUUUGUUUUGAAUAUACUUUUCUAUUUUUUAACGAUUAUUUUCGAAGAUUAUAAGUAUUCACGGCUAAAGAUCGUUAAUAUUAGGAAUAAUAGAAUAAGAUCAUUAAACA